GUCAGGUUUUAGACAGUUUGCAAAUGGAAUUCGGAUAAACUUUUUUAUCUGUACUCUUGUUGGGGUCGCCGUAUUAAACGACGAGUACGAACCGAAUCCACCCAAAAAUACCAAGAAAAAACGAAAAAAAAAUAUAUAAAAGUGAGUAGUGAUUCAAAAUUGCAUAUUUUCGUGUGCGAACAUCUCGAUCAGAAUUAAGUGAAAGCCAACUCUCCUCCGGGGACUACUACUACUGUCAAUUACGAACGUUUUUCCCUUUAGUGAACGGCAAAUAACGAGUUAGUGCGUUGCUUUUCGGUUUUAUCAUAACGAAAAAUUUUAAUUCUACGAUUUUUGAAGUGUUAAAAAAGUAAUAUAUAUUACACUUUACAAAGAAAGAGAUAAACAAAUAGAAGAUUGUUUAAGAUAGAAAAGGAUAGAGAGAGAUUUUGACAGAUGUCACAUUAACCAUGACUUUUUUCUUGAGUGCCACAAAUGCGUACAUUAAAUGAGAAAAAUUUAAAGUAUGUGCGCCCCAUCAACAAGGUACAUCGAGUUAAGAUAUAUCAUCAAGUUCAGGUUUAACUCGAUUUGUUCGCAAAUAUGUACUACGAGAUCGGCUGACGGUUAACAUCGAAAAUAAUCGUCUGAGAGCGCCCCUUUAUUUUAAAAUUUAUAAUAUUAUAGAAAAACUAAAGCUCAACCAAAACCUAAUUGAUUAAUUACAACAAAAAAUAGACGAACUUUUAAGCUACGUUAUUUAUAAUGUUUGCUAAUAAUAAGAAAAAUAAUGAAUCUUCUUCUUCGACGAAAAAUGCUUCUUGUAUGUAUGAUACACCAUGUGAUCCCACCGAUCAAGAUUACGAGAAGGUGUUUUGUCCCAAUAACGAGUUAUCGGAACCACCAAAGACACGUUCAGAUAAAUUAAAAACUGGAAUAUCUUGUCAAGCUCUCAAACAUGCUGUGGCAUCAUUACAUCGACUCGAUGAUUUUCAUCAAGAAAAAAUUGGACACGGAUUUUUCUCUGAAGUUUUUAAGGUAACUCAUCGAGUAACGGGACAAAUCAUGGUUCUAAAAAUGAAUCUUCUACGAUCGAAUCGUCGAAAUAUGCUGAAAGAAGUCCAAUUAAUGAACAAACUUUCCCAUCCAAACAUUUUACUUUUUAUGGGCGUUUGCGUCCACGAGGGUCAAUUGCACGCGCUCACCGAGUUUAUAAAUGGGGGCUCUUUGGAACAAUUAAUACAAAAUCGAGCGACCGAGUUGCCCCAAACCACUCGUAUCUCUCUCGCUUUAGAUAUCGCCCAGGGUAUGGCUUAUUUGCAUUCGAAAGGCGUCUUCCACAGAGAUUUAACGAGUAAGAAUGUCUUAAUAAAACGUUUUGAUUCGGGUGAUAUGGAAGCGGUUGUUGGUGAUUUUGGUUUAGCAGCGCGCAUCCCAGACCCAAAAAGCCCCAGAAAACUAUGUACUGUGGGUUCACCAUAUUGGAUGUCCCCAGAGUGCCUUCGAGGCGAAUAUUACGAUGAAAGUAGUGACGUUUUUAGUUACGGGAUUGUUUUAUGCGAGUUGAUUACGCGGGUUGAAGCCGAUCCUGAUCAAUUACCUCGUACCGAUAAUUUCGGUCUUGAUUAUAUGGCAUUGCUGGAGCUAUGCCCCCACGAUGUCGUCCCAGAUUUUCUUCAUUUAGCCUUUUUAUGUUGCACCAUUGAUCCAAAAAGUCGGCCGACGUUUUGUGGAAUUAUUGGUGGUUUAGAAGGACUUUUAAGUAGCCGUCAGGAAAGUGACGCAAGGAGAUUGUUGGUUGGAAAUAGCACGAAGAGUGAAGAACAAUUGGCUGCGUUAACGGUUCAAGCACCCAGUCAUAGAAAAAUUGCUCACAGAAGGUCAUUAUCCGAAGAUAUAUCAUCAUUGGCACUUUUAACGGUUCAUCCAAGUCCUAGUGAAAAAGCUCGACGUCACGCUUUAACAAUGUGCCGUCAAGAUCCGCAUUAUAAACCACGUACAACAAACCCUUUUGCAUCUUUAACUCAAUUUCAAGGAGUCAAGAAAUUAUUGGGUAAUUUUUCGUCGUGCUGUGAACAAUUAUCUGCAUUUGCUGAUAAUGUUGAAUUACCAAGAUCUUUACCAGGAUCACCACCAACUACAAGAACUGUUGAAGCUCCACCACGUCGAAGAGGUUCUUGUGAAUCUGGAUUUUAUUCAAGCGUUGGAGAAUGUUUAUCUCCAAAUAGUUUAUGGGAUAGUUGUACAGCGGUUAGUUCUCAAAGAUCUCUUGAUGAACUCGAAUCAGCCGAACUGCAUUUCCUUUACAAACGUGCGUCUUCCAUUUACACAGAUAGCAGUGAGGAUGUUUCCAGUGUGACAGGAUCCGAUUGGAUGGGGCAAGGUCCCCAACCGAAUAUUUCAAGCAUUGUAGAGUAUUUUGAGAGAAAGUGCGCCAAUCGUCAUACAGGAGUUAAUCGGGGUGGGGUACAAUUAAGUUCGAGGAUAGCAACGUUACGAAGAAUUUUGGAAAAACAGACAACGGGGACUUCUUUAAGUACUCCGUCGGUGAGUGGAGCUCCGCAGCAACGGACAAAGUGUUCGCGAUUAGUUGUGUGUGAAGGGGCCGUUCGCUCAAAGUUACCCCUUUUUGAUAAGAAAUAAGAAAAAUGAUAGGUGUUUAUUUUUUUUUUUUAGUUUUCUUCCAAUGUCAUUGUUUAUAAAUGGUUAUAUUUGAUUAAUUUACUAAAUUUAUUUUAUGUUCUAUACUCAGUUAACCAAACUAUAAGUAUUUAUAAAUAAUGUCUGUGUCUAGUCAGAUUUAUCAGUGCACAUUUUCUUUUUAAAUGCUAUAUCUUUUUUAUUUAUUUUUUCUUUUAAUUCUUUCUUAAGAUGUGUUUUGGAG